CGAGGCGGCGGCUUUUUCAACCCGACGGGCUGCAGCCAGUCCCGCCCCCGGGUUCCACCGUGACGCGGGCCGGAGACUGAUGGGCGUCCGAGCCGCGGCGGUUGCGCUGCCAGGCGGGCGGCGGCCUCAGCGGAGCCCCGCUGCGGGUGGGCACCAUGAGUGGACGGCAGAGAACGCUCUUCCAGACGUGGGGCCCGAGCCUCGUGCGAGGCGCCGGCGCUCCGGGCUGCAGCCAGGCGCGCUCGCCCGCGGUGGCGGAGGCGCUGCAGGAAGAGGACGACGACGAGGUGCUGCUAGUGGCGGCGUACGAGGCCGAGCGGCAGCUGGAUCCCGAGGACGGCGGCUUCUGCACGGCUGCCGGCGCCCUGUGGAUUUACCCCACCAAUUGCCCGGUGCGCGACUACCAGCUGCAGAUCUCCCGGACCGCGCUGUUCUGCAACACCCUGGUGUGCCUGCCCACCGGGCUGGGGAAGACCUUUAUUGCUGCCGUGGUCAUGUAUAAUUUCUACCGCUGGUUCCCUUCCGGCAAGGUAGUUUUCAUGGCACCCACGAAACCCCUGGUGACACAGCAGAUGGAGGCCUGCUUCCACGUGAUGGGUAUCCCGCAGUCUCACAUGGCUGAAAUGACAGGUUCAACUCAAGCUGUCAACAGGAAGGAGAUCUGGUGCAGCAAGAGGGUCCUCUUUCUUACACCUCAGGUCAUGGUGAAUGACCUAACCAGAGGAGCUUGUCCUGCUGCCCAUAUAAAAUGUCUUGUGGUUGAUGAAGCUCACAAGGCUCUUGGGAACUACGCUUACUGCCAGGUUGUAAGGGAACUGGUCAAAUACACAAAUCACUUUCGAGUCUUGGCCCUUAGUGCUACGCCAGGUAGUGAUAUCAAGGCUGUGCAACAGGUGGUUACCAACCUACUAAUUGGGAAGAUAGAGCUUCGUUCUGAAGAUUCUCCAGAUAUUUUGCCUUAUUCUCACGAAAGACGAGUUGAGAAGCUCGUUGUCCCCCUUGGGGAAGAACUUAGAGCCAUCCAAAAGGCAUACAUCCAGAUUUUGGAAACAUUUGCAAGUUCUUUGAUUCAGAGAAAUGUUUUGAUGAAAAGAGACAUCCCCAAUCUAACAAAAUACCAGAUAAUUCUGGCAAGAGAUCAAUUUAGGAAGAACCCAUCCCCAAAUAUUGUGGGAAUUCACCAAGGCAUAAUUGAGGGUGAGUUUGCCCUCUGUAUUAGUUUAUAUCAUGGAUUUGAGUUAUUGCAGCAAAUGGGAAUGCGAUCAUUAUAUUUCUUCCUUUCUGGAAUCAUGGAUGGAACUAAAGGAAUGGCACGGGUGAAGACUGAGCUCGGCCGGAAUGAGGACUUCAUGGAGCUCUACAGUCACCUGGAGCGUGUGUUUGGCCAAGUGCGAGAUCCUUCAGCCAGCGGCGCUUCGGCCUCGCAGAAAGGAAAUAAAGAGAAGAAAUUUUUCUAUAGUCAUCCAAAGUUAAAGAAACUGGAAGAAGUUAUAAUUGAACACUUCAGGUCAUGGAAUGCUAAAAACACCACGGAAAAGAAAAGCCAUGAGACCAGAGUUAUGGUCUUCUCCUCGUUCCGAGAUAGUGUGGAAGAGAUUGCAGAAAUGCUUUUACAGCACCAGCCAGUGAUUAGAGUGGUGACAUUUGUCGGCCACGCUUCGGGGAAAAACACAAAGUUUUACCAGAAGGAGCAACUAGAGGUGGUGAGGCAGUUCCGGGAUGGCGGCUAUAACACACUGGUUUCCACCUGCGUUGGUGAAGAAGGUUUGGAUAUAGGGGAAGUCGAUCUUAUAAUAUGCUUUGACGCCCAGAAGAGCCCAAUUCGCCUCAUCCAGCGCAUGGGCAGAACUGGCCGCCGACGGCAAGGCAGGAUUGUUGUUAUCCUCGCAGAGGGCCGGGAAGAGCGGACAUAUAAUCAGAGCCAGUCCAUCAAAAGAAAUAUUUAUAAAGCUAUUUCAGGUAACAGACAAUUGCUUCACCUUUACCAAGGAAGUCCACGAAUGGUCCCUGAUAAAAUCAAUCCCGAAUUACACAAGAUGUCCAUCACGCCGGGUGUCUAUGAACCAGAGAAGUCCCGGAAUGUGCAUCGAAAGUCUGUUUCCUGGAGAGGUGGUAAAUAA